UUCCUUUAUACCCUUGCUACUAAAUCCAACAAGAUGUUGGACUACUUUGCUUUGGCGUUUGUGGUUGCAGUGAAAGUCUUUAAGAAAACAACUCCAAAUGGAAAAGUUACGGUUUACCUUGGCAAGCGUGACUUCAUUGAUCAUAUGGAUUACUGCGAUCCCGUAGAUGGAGUGGUGGUGGUGGACACCGAAUACCUGAAAGGAAGAAAAGUUUACAGCCAGCUCGUGACCACGUACCGCUACGGUAGGGAGGAAGAUGAAGUGAUGGGAUUGAAGUUCUCCAAGGAAAUGGUAAUCGGUCAGGACCAAGUCGUACCCAUGAUCAACUCCAAGAUGGAACUCACUCCAGUGCAGGAGAAGCUGCUGAAGAAGCUUGGACCUAACGCUUAUCCUUUUACUUUCAACUUCCCCGAACUGGCUCCAAGCUCGGUAACACUGCAGCCCUCUGAAGAAGAUCAAGGCAAGCCUAUGGGUGUAGAAUACUGCGUCAGGACUUACGUCGCUGAGCAGGAAGACCAGAAAAGCCACAAGAGGAGCUCAGUAACUCUUGCCAUCAAGAAGCUGCAACACGCACCAACUUCCCGUGGACGUCGCCUCCCAAGUUCGCUCGUGAGCAAAGGGUUCACUUUCAGCAAUGGAAAGAUCAACCUUGAAGUGACUUUGGAUAGAGAGAUUUACUACCACGGAGAGAAGGUCGCCGCCAACAUUAUCGUGUCCAACAACUCUAGGAAGUCUGUCCGCAACAUUCGUGCCAUGGUUGUGCAGCAUGUCGAGAUCACCAUGAUCAACUCACAGUUCAGCCGUCACGUAGCUUCAUUGGAAAGCCGCGAAGGAUGCCCCGUAACUCCUGGGGCUAGUCUGUCCAAGACAUUCUACUUGGUGCCUUUGGCACGCAGCAACAAGGAUAUUCGAGGUGUGGCUUUGGAUGGACACCUUAAGGAAGAUGACGUGAACUUGGCUAGCUCUACCCUUGUACCUGAAGGCAAAUGCCCAGCUGAUGCUAUUGGUAUCGUGGUCUCUUACUCCGUGAGGGUCAAGCUGAAUUGCGGCACUCUCGGAGGAGAACUCGUGACCGAUGUGCCUUUCAAACUUCUUCACCCAGCUGAAGGCUCUAUUGAACGCCAACGCUUCAAUGCCAUGAAGAAAAUGCAAUCGAUUGAAAGACACCGCUACGAAAACUCUCUUUACACUAACGAGGAAGAAGAUAACAUCGUAUUCGAAGACUUUGCCCGUCUUAGGAUGAACGAGCCCGAGUAAAUAUUAAAAAAAACACUCGUCAAAAAAAACAGAAAAAAUAUUAUAAAAUGCAAAAAAAAAAACCACAAUCAAGCAAGUUUUUCACUAGUGUCACUAAGAUCAAACGACAUAAAUAGGAUGUAAAAUCUUCAAACAGAUCAACAACAUCACGAUCACAUGUAAACUGUAAACGUCAUUUUCAUCAGAUGUGGUGUAUUUCAAUCAUUCAGUUUAAUUAAUCUAAAAUAUAAAGAUAUAUCGACUAUCAUUUAUUAAGAACACAUUGUACUCUCGUGUUUUAAAAUUAUGAGAAUAUAAAAAAAUGCUUUCUGUACCUUCCUGUAAUCCUUUUAUUAUAAAUUAAAC